AUGAUGCGUGGUUUUCCUGACAUGAUAGGUAGCAUUGAUUGUAUGCAUUGGGAAUGGAAGAACUGUCCAACCACUUGGAAAGCGCAGUACGCUGUGUUCGAUGAGGUUCUGCAUGGUCGAGCUCCUCCGGUAAAUUUUACAGUUAACGGCCAUGAAUACAACAUGGCUUAUUACUUAGCCGACGACAUUUAUCCAAAAUGGGCAAAUUUUAUUCAGGGUAUCACACACCCUCAACUUCAUGAAGAUAAAAUGUUCGCUGACCACCAGGCUGCUGCUCGGAAGGAUGUUGAAAGAGCUUUCGGUGUUUUGCAAGCUCGAUUUGCAAUAAUACGAAAACCAUCACUGGCGUACGAUGAGGACAUACUGCGGGACAUAAUGAAAACAUGUAUCAUUAUGCACAACAUGAUUGUUGAAGAUAAGCGACACAACUACACUCGAGCCGAAAUUAUAAGAAGCUUCUACGAAGAAGAUCAACAAAAUUUACACAACAGCAUCAACGUCUACAACGCCACCGUUUGA